CUUCUUGUUCUUCUUCCUUCGCUCCAUCUCCUUGGGGGCCUAAUCCAAAAACCGCGAAAACCCUCCCGCCACAUAUCGACAUACGCUUCUCCUCCCGCCUUUUCCCUCUCUCGAUCUACGGCCUGCAGGUGAUUGCUUCUUCUUCUUCUUCUUCCUCUCGAACUUGCUGGCCUCCCCUCUUCCAUAAACCCCUCGGCUACCACUGCAAUUUCGAAUUUGUGGGCUGAUACAGUUAGGGUUUCCGCCAAAAUUGAGUAAUAAUGUUUCGCUUUGCCUUGAACCCGAAUUCAGGAACACUUGGUGAGGGAAUGGCAGCGACGGAAAGCAGCAGCAGAAGAAAGAACCCAUACGCAGAAGCUUCGAAUCGGAAAACUCUCUCUCCAAGCACACUCCUAAGCCCUGCUUCCUCACUUUCCCUCAAAUCAGUGACUAUGAAUAAUUGGUGGCUCGUUCAGGCGGAAGGUAAUGGGAUUGCCGUCGAAGGUUUUGCUGCUAGACCGCUAGGAACAAGAGAAUUCUGCUCGGCACCAAUAGUGGAGAGGCAUGAUUCCAUCACUCUGGAGACUGCAGAUGGAAUCACUGUCAUACUUGGUGGAAUGAUCAACAGAUUGCGCACUCUACAGAAUGGCUUCCCCGUUUCGGUCUGUAACCUUUUUGUGCUGGGAUUCCCUCCUCACUGGGAAGAAGUCACAGCUCAGUUUUACUCUAGUGACAGAGAAUGUUCAGCCACCAAUCCUGGGAUAACUCUGACGCCAGCAAUGGUUGAUGAUCUAUCAGUAAUACAGCUUCGGGAUGUCGUAAUGAGCAUCCCUGAAGGUUGUGAACAUCAGUUUUGGGACCUAUUACUGCAACAACCCAAAGAUGAUGGUGAUGGUCGUAGUAACAAGGGAGGCAGCCAUGGUGAAGAGGGGGAGAAAGAGACGGGCAAGUCGGAGAUGGAAGGGGAAGUGCUUGUUACGCCGAGUAACAGAAGAGUGGUUCGAAGAGUUGGUGGUGUUGUGACGAGGAGUAUGCAGAGGAAGAAGAAGGAGAAAGAGAAUGUUGUGGAGGGAAGUGAAAGGUUAAAGUGUCCAUCGAAGCUGGGUAGUGAAAGGAAACAGAAGGUUGCUGCUGCGGUUAGGAGUGGUAAGUCCAGCUAAAUGGAGGCAAAUUUCAGACUUGUAAAUUCAUGUGAGCGAUUGGAAUCUUCGUCUUAUUUUGGUGGUUUGCUGUGAAAUGCUACCAACGGAAAAAUUAACAAAACUAGAUGGGUAAAAUCUAGUUUACUAAUAUGCUUUGAUAGAUUACAUCUGUAUCGAGUAGAUGUUUUUUGUCACUCACCAAGCUAGCUUGACGGGAUAUUCGAUAUAAUCAUUUGCACUAAUCGAAUUAUUGUGAGGUUUGAAUUAUUUGGAUCAUCUUAGUUGUUUAUA